GACUGCGUGUGACGUUGGAGUGUGGGCGAACCUGCUGUGGACAUCAACAAAAGAGAGAGAAAGACGAGAGAAGACGAGAGAGAAUCCAGAGCUCAACACAACAGAGAUAUGUGGAUUUAAGCUGCAAUAACAGUGGCAGUACUGUGGAUCAAACAAUAGCAACCCUUCCUCCAGUGCCAACUGAGACAUGGACGCCUUCAAGCUGAUGAAGGAGCUGAGGCUGAAUUACGAGCAGGAGGUUUUUUAUCAGCCUAAGGAGGCCGGCCUGAGCCUCAUCGAGUCCACCACACAGGACGACAGCCGGAUUUCAGCCAAGUGCCGAGAUGCCAAAGUGGAGGAUCUGUGGAGUCUGACCAGCUUCUUCGGUUACAGAACGCAGACCUUCGUCCUGGCUGUCAACCUGCUGGACAGGUUCCUGGCCAUGAUGAGGAUCCAGCCGAAGCACCUGUCCUGCGUCAGCCUCAGCUGCCUGGACAUGGCGGCCAGAGUGACGGAGGACGAGUGCAACCUGACGCCCACUGAGGAGCUCAUCCGCAUCGGCCAGUGCCGCUUCACGGUGUCCGACCUCAGCCGCAUGGAGAAGAUCGUCGCCGAGAAGCUCAACUUCAAGUCCAAAGCCAUCACUGCCUUAACCUUUCUGCACCUGUACCACCGGAUCGCACUUUCACACUCGACCGACAGGAAGGAGAGUCUGAGUCUGGAGAAGCUGGAGGCUCAACUCAAAGCCUGUCUGUGUCGGAUCUCCUUCUCUAAAGCCAAGCCGUCCGUCCUUGCGUUGUCCCUCCUGAGGCAGGAGAUCGAAGCCAUCCAGUCGGAGGACAUGCUGGAGAUCGCUUAUCACAUCCAGAGACACCUGAAGAUUGCCGAUGGCGAGCUGCUGCUGUGGAGCGACCGGGUGGCUCAGUGCCUGUCCGACUACGCCUCCCCCGAGUGCAGCAAACCCAACCACAGGAAGCUGCAGUGGAUCGUGUCGCGGCGGACCGCCCAGAACCUGCACAGCUACCGGAGCGUCCCCGAGCUGCCCACCAUCCCCGAGGGCUGCUGGGACGAGAGCGAGAGCGAGGAUUCCUGCGAGGACGCCAUGAGUUCAGGUGAAGAGUCUCUCAGCAGCUCUCUGGGCAGCGAUGCUGAAGGCCCCUUCUUCCCCCUCCACCUCCGUCGCCAAAAACACCGCCAGUACCUCCACACCUGAAGCCUUGGCCGCCUCCGCCCGCCUCCCUUCACCUGCCGUCUUUAAUUUAUUACCCAUUAAGCUCCGGCGCUGGCGGAGGAUCGCACAACAACCGGCAGCUGAGCGAUCCCGACUCCUCCUGGUAGAUCUUUCUUCACUAGAUUUAGUUUGUUUAGACGUGUUUUUUGGUGCAUGUUGACGUCACAUUCCAGGAUAGAGCGGUCACAUUUUGGUCUCGAGCUAACGGACGCUGGAAAAACCAACAAACUCGGUGCUCAGAUGUCAAACGAGACCAGCGGAUGGUCGCCUAAACGUGUGGUGUUUAUUUAAUAGAAUGUUUCUGACUGUUAUUAAUCUAAGACUGUUGUUAUCUCAGAGGAGGAGUUUAUUUAAUUUGCACACUUUUAUUUUUUUAAAUCUAACUUCAAGUGUUAACUGGUGGAACUGGAGGUUCUGGAGUGUUCAGAAACAUUUACCGAGCGCGUGUUUGUGGACGUGUGUGUACGUAUUCAAGUUGCCAAUUUUAGGAUGUAGCUUUAAAAAAAAGAGUCUGUGGUGUUAUGAAAGAAUGAAGUAAAUAAUUCUGACCGAGUGUCAAAAAAAAUGUCAAAAAUGUAUACAAAAUGUUCAUACAAAAACAUGUAAAACUGUAAAUGAUGUACAAAAAAAUGUUAAUAGUUCUUUGUAGAUAUCGAGUUAUUUAUUCUUUUUUGUCACCUGUAAUGAAAACAGAAAAUCUUAUAAAAAGUCUUAUUUUUAAA